AUGUGUAUUGCAUUAGUAAUUUCGAGUUUUUUUAUUUGGAGUUUAAUUGCUUGUGAAUCUAAUAAUGCCACAAUCAAACUGCAAGACUAUUGUCAACAUCCCGAUUGUUCGUUGAAGAACCAGCACACCAUGUGUGUCGCUAAAAACAAACAUAGUUCAAGGUUGUUCGCUUCUGGCAUGACAAUGUGGACAAGAUACCAAUUGCUGUUAUUGCAUAAUAGACAUAGAGACAAUAUAGCGAUGGGACUGGAACCAGGUCAACCUCCGGCCGCGAACAUGCGAAAAAUGUAUUGGGACUACGAGCUGGAAGAAUUGGCAGAGACAUGGGCACAACAGUGUCAGAAGCGACAUGAUGAAUGUAGGAAUACUAUCCGAUUUAAUGUGCUACAAAAUUUAGAUGUUAGGCCAGUGGUACCGCGUGUAACGGAAGCCCAAUUAUUAGCCGAUGCGGUAGGGGCAUGGUUUUCUGGAUCAAGGGCGUUGCACCCUGACUAUGUGUGGUCAUUCAGAUUGAGUAAUUGUAGCGCUCCAGGCGGUUGUAAUGCCCAUUGGUAUUCUGCAGCAGCAUGGGCGUCUACUUGGAGAUUAGGAUGUUCACAAGCUCUUUGCACAGCCAAAAAAAGAUCUUGUGUCCACUUUAGGAAACGCAGAACAGUGCCGACUCCUACAGAAGGCGGACAAAUAACGCGCACGUCGACUUCGAGUGAAAAUAUACUCCGUAGAACCAAGUUCACCCCAAGCAGAUCAACAAACUUUCUGGAUUUUAAUGUUUCAAAUGAUACAGAUGUAAAAGAAUCCCCGUUACACCGAGGAAUGUUUGAAGUAGAUGGGAAACAGAAGAAACGUGAAGAACCACAAAUACUCGCUUUCACUGUUUGCAAUUAUGGCCCAGCUGGCAAUAUAGAAGGGUUUCCUAUUUACGAAGCCGGAACGACUUGCAGCAAUUGUCCGCAAGGUACACUUUGUGGUGAUCGAAUGCACAGAGGUUUAUGCAUUGUGUCCGGCGAUCCUGAGGGUAAAAAAAGAAAAACAUAG